CAAGUCCUCGGGAGGGGGUCUACGGCUGUGUGGUGUGGGCUGAACAAAUACAAGGCCGUCUGGUUUGGAUUCCAAUCAGUUUCGGUCCCCUCACUCCAUCGCAAGGCGCCAGGCCGACUACGCUCGUCAGCCGUGUACCUCAAACUUCAAACGACCAAAACUAAAUAAUAAAACAUGGCACCCAAAUACAUACUCCACUACUUCGAUCUCACCGCCCUCGGGGAGCCCAUCAGAUACCUGCUUUCCUAUGGCAAUAUCAACUGGGAGGAUAACCGCUACAGUGCUGCUCAGUGGGAAACGAUUAAAAGCACAAUGCCCUACGGACAGAUGCCAGUUUUACAUAUAGACGACAAGAUUUUUGCCCAAUCAAGUGCCAUUAGCAGAUACCUAGCCAAGCGGGUCGGAUUGUCCGGCAAGGAUGAUCUUGAGAAUCUCCAGAUUGACCAAGCGGUCGAUCUCUAUCACGACUUCCGUCAAAAAAUUAGCGAAUGGUACUACGACCCUAUUCCUGAAAGCAAGGCGGCCAAGGAGGUGCUGCUAAAGGAGCAGGUACCUUUCUACUUGAACAAGUUUCAACAAAUUGUAAAGGAAAACAAAGGCUUUCUUGUCAAUGGAAAGCUUACAUGGGCAGACAUCUACUUUGUCGCACCCUUGAAAUACUUCAAGGAUCUUUAUGGCAGGGACUUUUUGGAGGGUUAUCCCCUGCUACAAGAGUUGGUCAAGAAGGUGGAAUCGACUCCCGCCAUCGCCAAGUACAUCGCUAAGCGCCCCGUCGGUGACAGGUGGAGGGAUCCUGACUUCAAGUAUACUUUGAAGUAUCACUUCUAAAGCAUACUCCAGAAUCUAACGCCGGAACUACAAGAAAAAUGUUGUUCUAAACCAAAAUAAACUGCACAUGUUUAGCGUCGUAAAAACCUUCGUAAAUUUAAUAUAUGUUUUGUAAUCAAUAUUAACAAAAUAUGUUGUAAAAUAACUUUUUAAAAAAACAAUCCAGCUUGCCGAUGAAAAGCAAGUUUUUACUCUUCUUGGAAAAUUUUACCGUAAAACCUACAGUUAUUUUUCACAGUGCCCGGGGAAUAUAAAAAACUGUUUUACAUUUUUUACUGUUUUUCUAAUUGCAGAAAUAAAAACAUACCAAACCUUUUGAUAAA